GAACUACAAGUCCCAGAGUGCCUCGGGGCACGCACGCUAUUGGCGCCGUUGUCCGGCCGAUUCAUUGAACGCGUUCGCCUAUAGAGCCGCCAGGGGGCGGUGAGCGGCUCUGCGAUCUGCGCAUGCGCUCCUGGAAGGCGGUUAGGCCUGGUGUUUUGCUUGCGCAUGCGUUGAGCUCGAGAGCCGCGGGCCGUGCGCAUGCGCGCCAGGGGAGCAGGCAGCAGCGGCUGGAGGGGAAGGAAGGACGGGACAUCGCGCGUGGCUGCUGCGCGUGCGCAGGCUUCCCGUGCUUUGAUCGAGACCGACCCUCUGACAGCUCUUGAAGUAGCUCCUGAAGCACUGAAAACAGCAGUCUCAGGGUUGAACAGUUCUAGGGCUCCCAUUAGCCAUCAGAUGACUUUCUGCCUGACUGAGCUUCACCUGUGGUCUUUGAAGACUACCUUACAUAUUAGCGAUGAAGACAUUGGGGUACAUCAGUACUACGACAAGAGAGAGCCAGGAUCACAGAUGAAGCAUGGUUAUUUAGAAGGCAAGCAAAAGCUAGCAGAAUCUCGAGGUUACCCUUGGAUACUGAAAAACAAACGACCAGAAAAACUGCGAGAUACACUCAAGGAGGUUGAGGACUUAAUGCAAAACAGUCAAUGUGUGCUGAGCAAAUGGAAGAACAAACGUUUCUGUCAGCUCCUCUUUCAUUCAGGUAUAUUGGUCUCCCUAAGCCUUUCUGGGCCACAGCUGGAGAAAGUGGUGAUUGACAGGACACUGGUGGGGAAGCUCAUCUCCGACACCAUCAGCGAUGGUGUUCUUUCAGACAAUUUCAUCAUUUUGUCAUUUGAGGACUAUAACCAACUCUGCUUCGUUCAGUUUACAAAGAAGAUGGAUUCUCCCGAUGUAAACAGAAGAAGACAUGAGAAACUCUCUUGUUUGGAUUUUAAGAUUUCUUACACUGAUAUACCUGGACCAGAAGGUAGGAGGAUGAAACGUCACCUGGCAAUAAACUGUAUGCAAGAUAUAGCCAUUUGCUGGUGGUCAGCAGCUAGUGAUGGAGCAUGGCCUUGGUCUCCUAUUUCCUGUGAAAGGGACAGAGCCAACCUCUUGCUGUUAGGCUGUGCACAUGGCAAACUGGAGGUUCUGAGUUAUGUCCGUACAGAAUGGGAUCCACUUGAUGCUUGCUUCAGCACUAAAGAGCCUUACCAGGUUCACACAGUUGAGCGCUCCAUCUCUGCAGAUAAAGAGCCCAUGGCUGACAGCUGCAUCUACAAUUGCGUUAGAAACAAAAUUCGGUGUGCAGCAGUCACCAGAAUACCUCUACAAUCAAGGGCCAUUAGCUGCUGCAGAAAUAUUACAGAAGACAAAAUAGUCCUGGGCUGUGAGGAUUCGUCAAUAAUUCUGUAUGAUGCCUACAACCAAGUGACUCUGUUAGCCCAAGCAAAACUAUUGCCUGCAUUAAUAACCUACCACCCUUCUGGGGCCAUAUUCCUGGUCGGCAGCUCUCAAGGGGAGCUGCAGAUUUUUGACACGGCACUUUCCCCAGUUAAAAUUCAACUCUUGGCAGACAACUAUGCACCUGAGGCGACUCUGCAGUUCAGCAAACACUUUUACGUGUCUAGCAGCCUCAUCCAGAUUCAGUGGGCUGCUGCUCAAGCUGCAUCUCCCAGCACUGAUGGCACAGAUGUUCACGAUCUUUUGUUCGUUAGGUUUGACAAAGGACCCUUAGGAGUACUUCGCUUUAAACUUGGUGUGAUAACAAGAGGACAGCUGGGCUUUGUGGAAAUCAUCCACCACUACAUUCGCUAUGAUGAAAUACAUGAGGCAAUUAACAUCCUGAACACCAUGAAUUGGAACACGAUGGGCCACCAGUGUUAUAUCUGCUUGAGUGCCAUCGUCAAUCACCUACUUAAACAAAAGCUUACACCAGACAGAGAAGAACAGCUUGAGGCAAGCCUUGGAACCUUUUAUGCUCCAACAAGACCCCUCUUGGAUACAACCGUGCUGGAGUACAGGGACCCCAUCAGCAGAUAUACAAGAAGGUUCUUCCACCACCUGCUCAGGUAUCAGAGAUUUGAAAAAGCAUUUCUACUAGCUGUUGACAUAGGCGCUCGGGACCUCUUUAUGGACAUCCAUUACCUUGCUCUAGAUAAGGGUGAAUUGGCACUAGCUGAAGUGGCAAAGAAAAAGGCUAAUGACAUUGAUGCAGAAUCAAUAACUACUGGAAUUGAGCUCCUGGGGCAUGCAGAUGAAGAGGACACAUUGCACGAGGCCUUUGUUGAUCAGGUUCCAGAGCAUCAAACUGAGCUCAAUGUACCCACAGCCAGCCCAACCAUGCUGGCCUCUUCCCAAAGGUCCACUCGCUGUGGACCAGCAGAGGACAAUGACGGGGAACCUGGAGCAAGUGUCAUCUCCCUGAUGGAGAAACCCUCUUCUGGGCACCAGGAAGGCAAUUUGAGAGUGGUUCCUACAGAACAGGUAAAGCACAUCUUAUUUAUUUUAAUUUCUGCUUGUUAUUAUUUACUCUUAUUUUUGCAACUUCCUGAAACUCCCUGAGCCUGCCCUUGCAAGCUGCCUGCCCGCAGGGCUCUCUCUGGGAUCAGUAGGAGGGCUCCAUGUACCGCGUGGCUAGGACAGGGAUUGAGAGCAUGACGGUCAAAAAUGGUCUUCGUCCACUGGCUGCUGGAUAGAACACAAGAAAGUCCUUUCUGUCCUUGACCCCAGUGAGUUAGCUGGCACUUGGAUUGGUGCUUUCAAGCAGCAAGACUGCUGUAGAAAGGAGUGAAAUCCUAUCCUGGGUUUUCAUGAUCAUUUGAAGCCAGUCCUUCACCCCCAACCAGCCUCAGUCCUCCACCCCUAUGGCAGCAUGGGUGCUCGUUCCACCACUAGGAGCUGCAGUAGCAGGGAGACAAGACUAUCCCCAUCCCAAGCAUAGCAGCCACCCAUUGCGCAUAAGGACCUGGCCUGGGCUGGUGCCCGCUUGGGCGGCUCAGUGUUGGUGCCAGUAGAGCACAUACGUCGGCUGAUGAGUCAGCAGCGUGCCACACUGAAGCACUCCUCCAGUUUUAGUUUACAGGGGGAAAAAAUACAUAAAAUACAAUCUGAGUGGCAGCAGCAUGGUAGAGGCAGAAGGCUCUCUAUGUUUAGCCUCUUCCCGAUUACAGUGCUCGUUGGAACUUUUAUUUUCAAGGCCAAAGUACUCAGUGUUUGGCCACGGUUCAAACAGAUCAUUAAAAAAAAAUAAAAAUAAAAAGAGAAGAAACGCUUCAACCUCCCAGCGAAGCAGGAUGGCACUUCUUUCUUUCUUUCGCUGCGAAGCUGUGCCAAGUGAAAUCGUGCUCUAAGAGCUGUUCUACCAGUCCCGAAGCGUUGGAGAACACACACCCGCCCCACCUCUGCAGCAUUCGGGCUGGGUGGAGGAUGGGGAUGGCUGGCAGUGGGUGACCGGGUUCACUGUGCUGGGACCAAGGUGGUGGGCUGUCCCCUCUUGGUGCCAUGAGGAUGCAGUAUGGAGUGAGAUGUGGUCACAGGGAUGGGCUUGGGACAUUGGUUGGAUCUGUGUUCUUCCUGAGCUGGGUGGAGGAUGCUCCUCACCCCAUGUGAGCAACUGAUCAACCCAAAAGUUUGUUGGGUUGUCACCAUGGCUGUGUAGAUGCACAGGUAGUGCUGAGGGAGGAACAGCAAAAAGAGCACCUUAUGUCAUAUAAUGAGCUCAAAGGCAGCAGCUGUGGGCAGUGCGAGGCUGUGGGUGGGUGUGAUGUGUUGAGGGUGAAGGAGCCCUUUGUGCGCUCUGGUCUGGGGUGGAAGAGACAUCCACAUGAUGUUAGCUCAGUGCUGCUAGGCUGUCCUGGCCUGUGAUAUUGCUUAGAAAUGCAGACACCAGCCCCCAGCACCCUUCUGUCUGGUUGCCCACCCUGAGUGCUGCCAUUCAUUCUGCCCACCUAACAUUCACCCCAAAUCCAUGCUCAGCAGUGGUUCUAGUUCCUGGUAGAGUCGUAAACCUGGCAUUCCAGGGCCAGACGCACACCACCAUUUUGUGUUGCCCCUCAUGGAACAGUACCAGAGCAUCCAUCCCCAAGUCCCCAUGUCCCCGAAGUCCCAAGGCGUGCACCCUCCUGCUCUUCAUUCCUCCACCACCAGAGCCCAUGCAUUGCUUCAGAGGGAGCCCUCACCGUGCCAGGCUCAGUGCCACUGAGGGGAGCACGCCCAAGGCUCAGCCCUUGCACAGUCAGCGCUGCGGGACGAUCUCCACAACUGGGAAGGGAAGGAUCUGCUGUGUGCCCCUCUGCAUUGGCAAAAUGCUGAAGUGACCCAACACAAAAAGCCUGCAGUCUCCAGUGGAGAACGCAUCUGAUGUGGGCCCAAUCCACCUUGCCUGCUAUGCUCUCAGCAAUGGGUAGUGGUGGUCCCAGCCUGCGGGUUGUUUGGCCCCGUCUCCUUGCUCUGAGCACAGAGCUGGGCCAGGUGAUCCCAGAGGUCCCUCCCUGCCUAUGUUACUCCACAUACUGAGCAUCUUGAGCAAGCUAUUUAGGUCAGAGCCUCUGUGGAGCAGCACCCAGCCUCAGAGGUGUCAGACCGAGCCACCCAGCACCCUGCUUAGCAGCCUCAGCAGCUCUGGAAAACAUGGAUCUCAACUGCUUUGUUGCUUCCAUGUUGGAGGUGAAUCUUGCUUAUUUACAGGAACUUGAGGUGUUGAAGGCAACGUGCCUGGUGGCUGCCAAGUAACUAUUGUAAUAUACCAUCACUCAGCUGGAUCCCUGUCAGCCAGAAAGGUUUUGCACAAUGCAAUCUGAGGGAGACCGGGAGGUAUUUCCAGUCAAAAGGAGCAGUGCCUACAGGGCCAAAUGGGAACCAUGUCUGUGGUCUGGGGUCAGGCAGCCUCAUCCUGCAAAGCCAGGUGUUUAAAAUCAGGAGGCCCUGGGUCUGGGGUGGUACCCCCUCCAACUGUCCUCUUUCCCCACUUCCACUGGCCCUCGGAACACUCCUGGCAGAACGAGUGGAGGCCCUGGGGAGCAGGCUGAUCACCUGGGGAUGAGGUUUCUCCUGUUAUCUGCUCCAGGAGAAUCAAGGGAAUGGGCAUCAGGAGGCUGGGCAUUGGGACCAUCCCAUCACCACACAAAGCCCCAUAGGCUGAGCUCUCUAGGGCACAGGGGGAUGCUCUCCUGUUCAUGCUUCUCUUCCCUGGUGAGGAGCUGCUCAUGGUGACAUGCAGAGCUGCAAUAUCAGGUCCCCAUUCAUAGGCUCAUAGAAUCACUAUGGUUGGCCAACCCCAACCCGUCCCCACCAUGUCCACUGACCACAUCCCUCAGCACCGCAUCCCCACAUUCCUCAAACACUUCCAAGGACAUCAGUUCCACCACUGCCUGAGCAGCUGUCAUCUUCCUGUGCUGCAAAACCCCAUUUUCAUCAGAUGAUGAUGGCUCCUUCUAUUGCCGACUGCUGCUUUGGGAAAGGUGCAGAUGUCAGGAGGGAUUUUGCUCCUCAUCCUUUGGUUUGCAUCGAACACCCCUCUGGGCUUGAUGCCGCAUCACAGCCUUCCCAUGCCGCACCACCAGCUCUGCCUUGCUGAGGCCAGAUAGGUUUGCAAAUAAGUUCUUUAAAAGAGCAUAUGCAAAAGCCACACAAGUGGGUAGGUCUGCAGCACUCAGCUGGUGGGGGAUGAAUGCUUCUCCCCAGCAAAACCUGGGACACACAGGCCCCUCAGCCUGGAGGUGUGAGGAGCUACCCAGCAGCCUCAGACCCCAAACAAGUGUGGCUUUGCUCAGCACAGAGAGGCUGCUUCCACCCCAUGGGCAGAGCCACAUGCUUUGGGAUGGGGCGGGCAGACAUUUCCUUGGGUGCUCAGCUCCACACCUGGUUCUGCUUGCAUCAUGAGGAGCCAGCAGCUCUGUGUAACUCAAAGGAAAGCAAUGACUCACUGGGCUGCAGCUCUUUCCAAGUAUUUCAUGCAUUUCGUAGGCACGCUAGCCCGUGUUAUGAAAUGCCCUCUCCUUGCGGUGCGCAUUGUCAUGUCCUGUACAAAAACAGAGGGCUCAGUUUUCCAUUGUGCACCAGCACAGCACAGAAAGAGGAGGUAACCUGAACACAGUUCUGCCUCCAUCACUAUUUGCAUUGUAUUAGGAAUGCAAAGUGCCAUCCCCACACCACACUGACAGCCUGGCUGGCUCCCUGCUGACGUUAGCACAGCCAUGAGGUGCCAGCGGUAUGUUUUAGUGAAAAUGUUAACAAAAAUAUAAAGUUUCACUUUUGCCAUUAACCUUCCUGGUUCUGGGGGGGGCGGUGAGGGGUGGUGGGAAUGGGGAGAAGCUGGAGAGCGAUGCCCUGAACCAUGCUGCCAGGUCAGGGCUCUCCCCUGUCACUGAAAGAGUGGCAGUGGGAGAACCAGGGUGAGGUCCCCAUCCACAUUGUCCUAAUUUUCUCCCUGCAGGGGCCGAGGGGCAGAGGAUCUCUCCAAGUCGUGCACCUGGGGCUGGUGUGACCCUCUCCAUGGCAUCCAUAGUGAUCCUACCAGGCACAGCUCCAGGCAGAGAAGAUCUGUGAUGGCAAGCAUGCCCAUGCCCAUGCCCCACAUGUGCCUACAGAGGACAUCUUGGUGACGUUGUCCCUGUACCACUCGCUGACAUUAACAAAUGCAGUAACUGUGGCUUCCUGCUGUCUGCUUGGGCUGGUUGCACCAAGCGCAGCCAUAAACUUCUCUGGAGAAGCGCUCCUAUAUUAUAUAUUUUAGCAAUCUGUGCUCGGAAGCAGAUUUGAAUUUCCACUUCAGCUCUGAGAACCGCUCCAUUGAGAUAGGGACAGAUAAGAUCUCCACUCAGGAUACCUCUGUGCCUUUUGCAGUCGGUGGCGUUUUGCUAAGAAUGCUCUCCAUUUUCAUAUCUCGCUAUAUCAUCUCAGCUGAAUAACCAUUAUUUUGCCUUUAAAAUAAGACGCAGAGCCUCUUAAGCACCGUUCCAUCGGAGCCCCGAUCCCAAUCAGCCCCCUCGCACCGCGCCGGGGACAGCAAGCCCUGCGGCAUCGCCGGGUUUGGGGCCGUAAGGGCGGGUUUCAGGUCUCCCUUCCCCCUCCAUCCCGUCACCACCGUCUUAAAACUGUUUUUUCUGUCCUGAAAGGGAAGGUGAGCUCUAAACAUUUUCUUUUUUUUUUUUU